AACCGUUGGCUACUCGGUCUCCUCACUCACUCCGACUUCAAAUAAAAGGCCGAGGCCUAAUCAAGCCGGGCCACUCUAAUCUCAAGCAGAUUUCAAACCGCCCAAAAGUCUCGAGUUAUUUUUACACCCUACCCACCGAGUGCCCUUUAUCCAUCAACCGUUGGCAACUCCGUCUCCUCAACUCACUCGCUCACUCACACUCACUCCCUUAACUGGUAUUUUCCCGGGCAUUUUCCACACAACAUUCCGAACCUAACCCCAUCCCAUGCUCACUAAAUUCAUGCUCCGACCUCACUCUCUCCCUUUCUCCUUUCUAUCUGCACCCUUCUUCUCCCCCAACCUCCCUCCUCUCUCCAAACCCCUCUCUCUCCUCACCACCACCACCACCGCCGCCGCUGCCGCCAUAGACCAAUCCUUCUCCUAUGGCCCCUCCCUCCACAAAGGCCUCAAAUUCCCCCACCAUCACCACUUCCAAGAAGAAGAACAAGAAGUAGAAGACGACGACGACGACCUAAUCGACAGAGAGAGCUUCGCUCGCGUCUACGACGUCUCAGCCCUUCGAGUCCCCUCCGAACAUUGCUUUUCCCUCGAGAGCCGCCUCCGAGGCCACCUCUUGAACUGGCCUCGCGUCCGCAACAUCGCUAGGGUUCCCGGUGACGAAAUCGAAGACGACUUCAAGAAAUUUCUUAAAACCAAUUCGAAUUCUGGUUCUGAAUCUGAUGAUGGUGAAGGCGAGAGCUUGGUGUCUCUCAAUCGGCGAAUUUACGGAAAAGCUGAGGGAGAUGGUGAGAAAUUGAGUUUGGUUUUGUAUAGGGAUAGGUUAGCGAGGACUUUUAAUUCGCUAGGGUUUGUCAAGUUUAGGAAUUUGGCGAAGCUGUCGAGGCCGAAGAAGAGGAAGAAAGGAGUUGGGGAGGAGAGGAAGAGGAAAGGGAUUGUUGGGAAGAAUGAAUUUUUCAUGGUGGAGGUUGUUGAGGAUGAGGGAGAUGGGGAUGGGGAGGACUUGAGUGGGUUGCUUGGGGAUGAGUUUAAAGGGAGGAGAUGGAAGGGUUCGACUCGGUUGUUGCUUUUGGAUGAGAGGUAUGGCGGCGAAAGCUUGGACAAUUUGCCUGAAGCAAUUAAGGUGGUGUUAAAUGAGAAUGGGAGGGAGGAUACGACAUCAUCUUUUGAGCUUGUGAGAUGCAAGCUGACUUUGUUUUAUAAUUACUGGCAGAUGAAUGAGAUUUUGGAGGCCUUGCUACCUAACAGUAUGAUUGUUCCUUCAGCUUUUGAAACAGUUGGGCACAUUGCUCAUGUGAACCUGAGGGAUGAACAUCUUCCAUACAAGAAGCUUAUUGCAAAGGUAGUCUUGGAUAAGAACAAGCCAAAGAUACAAACAGUUGUCAAUAAGAUUGAUGCCAUUCAUAAUGAUUAUAGGACGAUGCAGCUUGAAGUUUUAGCUGGAAAUCGUUCCCUUGUGACUAUAGUUGUUGAGAAUGGACUGCGUUUUCAUGUUGAUUUGGCAACAGUGUAUUGGAAUUCGAGGCUAGCAACUGAAAGGCAGAGGCUUCUGAAUUGCUUCACAUGUUAUGAUGUUGUUUGUGAUGUUUUUGCUGGGGUUGGUCCGAUAGCUAUAUCUGCAGCAAGAAAAGUGAAACAUGUAUUUGCUAAUGAUUUAAACCCCUUUGCGGUUGAAUAUCUGGAAAGGAAUUGUGUCCUCAACAAACUUGAGAGGAAGAUAGAAGUUUUUAACAUGGAUGGAAGGAGGUUCAUUGAUGCUAUGUUUGCAAGUCAAAAAGCUCAAUCCAUCACACAAGUGGUUAUGAAUUUGCCAAAUGACGCUGCAGAGUAUCUAGAUGUAUUCAGGGGAAUAUUUAGAACAAAGCCCAAGCAGAGAGAAAUUACCUUGCCAAAGAUCCAUGUUUAUGGAUUCUCAAAAGCCCAAGAUCCGGAGUUUGAUUUUCAUGAG